UCAAUUGUUCGUCUCAGAUCAUGUAUUAGCUUUAUACACAGGCACAGUAGAUAGUUACAGGAUGACGUUUAGGCAUCUGUUUCGAAUGCUUGUAGCUGUGGCGUUUACAGCAAUUGUAAACGCAAGAAUGGAUGAAUGUCGUUUCGAAUCGGGCCGGCCACGAAGGUGCCUUCCACCAUUUGUGAAUGCAGCUUUUGGCCGAACUGUUGUAGCGGACAAUACGUGUGGUACACCAGCAGAGGAAUAUUGCCUCCAAACAGGCGUAACAGGGGUUACCAAAUCCUGUCAUAUUUGUGACAGCAGCGAUCCCGCAAGAAGACACGACGCUCAGUAUUUGACGGACUUUAACAACGAAGACGUCAGUACAUGGUGGCAAUCAAACACAAUGCUUCACGACGUACAGUACCCUACCAUGGUCAAUCUAACUCUAAACUUGACCAAGGCCUUCGAUAUAACUUACGUUCGCUUGAAAUUCCAUACCUCAAGGCCCGAGAGUUUCGCAAUUUACAAGAAGAAAUGCGACAACUGCGACUGGCAACCACUGCAAUAUUACUCCGGCUCGUGUUUUACAACAUACGGACUUGAUAACAAGGGCAUCGUGACGGGGGAUAACGAACAGAAAGCGCUGUGUACUGAUGACUUCAGCGACAUAUCUCCACUGACUGGCGGUAACGUAGCCUUCAGUACACUAGAGAGCCGUCCAAGUGCGUACAACUUCGACAGGAGUCUUGUACUACAGGACUGGGUGAAAGCGGUCGCUAUUCGAAUCACCUUGAACCGAAUUAACACUUUUGGAGAUGAAGUAUUUAGAGACCCGAAGGUUUUAAAGUCAUAUUACUAUGCUGUAUCGGACUUAUCUAUCGGAGGAAGGUGUGCGUGCAACGGACACGCUUCAGAAUGCUACUUGAACGCAGAAGACGUACUGACGUGUCGAUGUCAACAUAAUACAGCUGGGCGAGACUGUGAACGGUGUGCAGAUAUGUUUAAUGAUAGACCAUGGGCAAGAGCAACGCGCGGAGACGCCGCAGAAUGCAGAGCUUGCGACUGUAACGGGCUGUCGGAAACUUGCUACUUCGAUCCGGAACUUUACCGACAAACUGGUCACGGUGGUCACUGUACGGAAUGCCGGGACAAUACUUCUGGACCACACUGUGAGAUCUGCCUGCCUUAUCAUUACAGAGAUCCAUUCAACAACCGAUGUGUGCCUUGUCAAUGCAACGAAAUUGGUUCCACAAGUCAACAGUGCGAUGUCAGUGGUCAGUGCGCAUGCAAGCCCGGUGUCGGUGGCGCCUCUUGUGGCCAAUGCAUGAACGGAUUUUUUGGUUUAAGUGAAGCUGGUUGCAGCGCGUGUCGUUGUUCUAUUGCUGGUAGCGCAGAAGGCAGUGUUUGCGAUGCUGAAACUGGAUCGUGUGUUUGUAAAUUAAACGUCGAGGGAAACAAUUGCGAUAGAUGUAAACCUGGAUCUAUGAAUUUACAAGCAUCCAACCCGUUCGGAUGUACAUCUUGCUUCUGUUACGGCCAUUCUUCUGUAUGUGAAGUGUCGAACCAUUACACCGUCAAAUACAUAGCCAGCGAUUUCACAAUCGGUACCGAUGGCUGGGAAGGAAAAGAUUUUUAUGCAAAUCCAUCACCUGUUACCAAGAGAAAUAAUGCCAUAGCAAUGCUACAACCUGAUCCAUAUUAUAUGUCCUAUUUUGUUGCACCAGCCAAGUACUUGGGGGAGCAGAGGUUCAGUUACAACCAAAUGCUGGAGUUUGAUUUGGUUCUUGAGGAACAACCAUUCGACUUGGACAUUGGGAGUGGUGAUGAUUCAAGACCUGCUGCUCUUGCUAGUCGAGAAGAUUUGGUUCUUGAAGGUGCUGGAUUCCGUGUGGUUGCAAGUAUUACAGACCAGGGUAACCCACUACCAACUUCAACAAGACAAACUUAUCAAUUCCGUCUUCAUGAAGCUGCUGGUUUUCAUCCACAAAUUUCCGCGUUGGAUUUCCAGAAAAUGCUCAACCAACUUACAAGCAUCAACAUUCGUUCUACAUACGGCAGAGGAUUGAAUGCUUAUUUGGAUAAUGUGCGUCUGACGAGCGCAGAGAGAGACGGAAACGGGUUACCAGCGGAUUGGGUGGAGAGUUGUGAAGCAGUUGGAUACGUUGGACAAUUUACAGAAAGUUGUGAUAUUGGUUACACUCGUGACCCCAGCAAUGGCGGAGAAUAUGACGCAUGUGUUCCGUGUAACUGCCAUGGCCAUUCUCAAACCUGCGACCCAACAACAGGUGUUUGUGAGUGCGAGCACAACACAAUGGGAACGCAUUGCGAACUCUGUGCUGAUGGUUACUUCAGUGGUGAUGAAUCGCGCAGAGGAACACCACAAGAAUGCCAGCCAUGCCCGUGCCCCGUAGGAUCAGCUUGCGCAAUGCUGGAUGAUGGUGAUGUUGUGUGCACGAGUUGCCCACCUGGACAUGCGGGCAAACAGUGUGAGCUCUGCAUGGAUGGCUGGUUCGGGGAUCCGCGUGGAUCAGGUCCUUGUCAACGCUGUAUGUGCAACGGGAAUAUUGAUGAAAACGCCGUCAUGAAUUGUAAUCGAACGACAGGAGAGUGCCUUAAAUGUAUUCACAACACAACUGGAUUUUAUUGUGAUGCAUGUCUGCCUGGCUAUUUCGGAAAACCAGUCACUAAUGUACCUGAAGAAAGAUGCAUGAUUUGCGAAUGUGACCAUUUGGGAAGCAGACACAUGUCUGAAUGUAAUGCAAGAACCGGGCAAUGCAAUUGCUUGCCUAAUGUAGAAGGUCGCUCCUGCAACCAGUGCAGAAGUGGGUAUUGGAAUCUUCAAAGUGGAAAUGGUUGCGAUGCAUGCGGCUGCCAUUCUAUUGGAUCAAGCACGGGCGAAUGCCAUCAAGAAACUGGACAGUGUGCGUGCUUACCUGGAGUUGGAGGACAAAGAUGUGACCAAUGCAUGCCCAACUAUUAUGGGCUCUCUAGACAAGGAUGUUCUGAGUGCAACUGCAACCCAGAUGGUAGUGUCAGCCUUCAAUGUGCUGAUGACGGCCGUUGUUUGUGUAAAGAUGGUGUUCUUGGAGUUAAAUGCAACCAAUGUCAAGAGAAUUAUUAUGAUAUUGCCAAUGGAUGUAUUGAAUGCUCUGCAUGCUAUGGCCUGGUACAAGAUGCUGUACAAAUACACAGAAGGGAGUUGGGGAAAUUGGAAAGCAUGACUUCUAACAUCGGAAACCACACCAAUAAAGAUGCGCAAGGGAAUGAAGAUUUUGAAAUGGCUCUUGCCCACCUUAAUCAAACAGUUCACCAGUUACACGAUCAAGCUCAACAAAAUGCAGAACACCAAGCUGCGCUCCAAGACAUGAUCGACCAAGUGAACUCUCAGUUGGAGCAGCUGUACAUGAAACUUGCUGUGAUUGAAAACAGUGUGGAAACUUGUGCUGCGACUGUUAAACAAGCCGAUGAUAAAAAUGCUGCAAGUAAAAAUGAUACUUUAGGAAUUGCAGUGGCACUUCAAUCUGCCCAGGAUAAAUUGGAUCAAGCCAUGGAUGACUUGAUCGCAUCAAGAAUGAUUGCUGAAGACAGUUUGAGUAAAGAAGACAACAUGAGUCGUAUUGCAAAGGAAGCCGAGGCAUUGGCCAACCAACAUGUAAUAGAUAGCCAAGCAGUUGUGGACACAGCACAAGAAGCAUUUGACACCUCACGUCGUGCACAAGAUGCAGUACAAGAAGCGAUCGAUUUGUUGGAAACAUUAAUGUCAACAUUGGAUGAUAUGAUUGAUUCUGAGAACAAGAUACCAGGUGCCCGCGUUACAAGAAAUGAUUUGAUUGCGCAAUCAGACAGAUUGAAGAGUAAUGCCGAAGCUGCAAAGAAUGAAUCAACUGAUCUUUUUACUGAUGCAGAAAAACUUGUCGUGCCAGUUGUAGACACUGAUGAUAUGAUUUCAAGAUCACAAACUAUAAGAACUGAAGCACAAGAUUUAAUUCCCCAGAUUAACCAACUUGAGAUGGAAUACAACAACAACUAUGGUACCCUUGUUUCUGACAAACACAGGGCUCGAGAACUGCUCAGUGUCACAGAUGCUUUGCAAGAUAGUGCUGACAUGAUGUUGGCUCAAGUACACAGUUCAUACCAAGAUGCUUUGGAAGCAGUAGAAAGUGGGAAUGCUACUUACCACUCUGUGCUAAAUACAAAGAAAUCGUUGGAAAGCUUUGACGAAGAAAUUAACAUGAACCGAGAAAAGGCAAGAAUAGAACUGAACAAAACAGAUUCAAUUCAAGCUAAAAUUGAUUUGGCAAAUGAGAAAACUAAUGGUGCAAAAGCUGCGCUGGGAACCGCCCGUUCAAUCGCCGUACAAGCGAGUGAUAAGGCCCAACAAGCUCUAGAUAUUGCUGGCAAUAUUCAAAUCAGCGCACAGGAAAUCCGAACAGACGCUGAAAAUAGCCACGACAGGGCUGCAGUGAUCAGUUCGUCUGUUGAAAAUCUAUCCGACAGAUUGGCAUCAACUGAUCUCAAGUUAUCAAACGCUGAAAACCAGGCUCAAACCGAUCAGACCAACGUGAACGCGGCCACUCGUGCAGCUGGUAGUGCCGGUAAAAAGGCAACUGAAAGCAAGAAGAGAGUAAACUCUGUUUUAUCGCAACUGGAAAAUCUUCUGGAUAGAUUAAACGCUAUGGUGGACGUUAACGAUACAGAAAUCGCCCAAUUGGAGCAACAAUACGAAGAGUUAAAGAACCAGGUGGACAGCAUGAACCUUCCAAAUACGAUAUCUGCCUUCAACGCUGAAGUGAAUCGACACCAACGCACUUUGGACGCAUAUGACGAAGAGAUCGUCAAACUAGAAGCAGAUGUCCAGAAUUUGCGGGAAAUCAACGCUUCUAUUCCGGAGACUUGCUCGUCUAACAAGAAAGUUGAGCAGCCGUAAACCGGCGAACUCACACACGCCAUAAGUGCUGCCCCAUAUUAACUCCGUUAUCACAGCUUUCUACACAAUAUGCAUUGAUCAUGAUGUGUGGGACAAAGUAUUUAAAUAUUAUUUCCUUUUAACACGGUUUUGGACAAAUUGAACUUUCUCGUCUCGCGUCACCAAUCUCAUGAAUGCGUCGUGACGUCAUGAGUCACAUGAUUCUUUGUCACGUGAUGCAAGGGAUCUGCGACUCAAACCGGGGCAAAUGCAUAUUGUUACUAUUUUAUUUUUUUAGUCGAAUUCUAUUAACCGUUUGAUAUUCGAUUGCAGCAUAUUAUUAUAAUUAUUGUUAUAUUUUAAAAACCGUCCAAAGCCGGAGGGUAGGCGGGUCAAUAUUAAAGGAACGUCGAUUUUAGCGACCCAUAUGAUUUGAUUUUAACCACGGGCCUGCCGUGCUACCUCAAUUGCAGGAGUGAGCAGCUUUUGGAAUAUUUUCACCACAAGUCUCCGCUGUAACUUAUUAUGUACAUACUGUGUGGUCAGUGUUUCGCACACUUGUUACGGCAAGUCUCACGCCACUUUCUCAUACUUGGUUAUGCAGCAUACCUGUAAGCCUUACACCAACCCUGCCUUAAUAUACAGCAUACGAAUGGAUGGACCCGCACCCUUUGAAUGUGGGUCACCGUCGCUUUUAUUGACAGUAGUCAUUGUGACGUUUGCAUGAGCAAAUGUUACGUCAUAAUCUCACCAUUUCUGCAUUGCCUCACGAAAAUCAAGAAUUUCUAAAAGAUUUGUCAAGACAAUCGUAGCAAAACUAAUUUGUUUAAAAUUUUGAGCAACCAUUUCACAAAUUGCAAGCUUCUUUUUAACAACUUUUCAUCUUCGCUUUUCUUAUUUUCAACUUUUCAUUCGCGAAUUUCUUUUGUCACGUGUUUGCUAACCACAAAUGAAGCAUUCGUCACGCAUGAAUUUCAUUGCAUUUGUCAAAUGAAACAAUUGUUACAUCACUAUCGUGUAUCAAUUGUUUAUUGUACCAUUUUGCUGAACACGAAAGUAUUGAAAGUUUUCAAUCCACCGGUCUAGUAACAUAGCGUGUACCAUUCUUUCGAUAAAUAUAAUCAAUAAGGAAAAAGAAAA